UUCUCGGAACAGAUAAUGACCGCGGACAAAUAUCCGAGCAUUGGCAGUUUCAUCGUGUGUACUAAAAUCAUGUCGAACAUUAAACCACUGAUAAAAUAUUACCAGAAGCUGGACGGUUAAAAUGAAUUGUCUUUUACCGCUACAUGUAUAUAAAUACUUUUUGCUUAAAAUUAAGUCGUUUGUAAGGUGGUCUUCAUCACUUUUCGUUUAAAUAUAAAUUUAAUUAUGGGAUAUUUUUUGGGCAAUUCAUUAAUUUGUACCCUUUUUAUUUACCAGAUUUUUAAGUCUGGAAAAGCGUUCUCAAACGACAUAAAAAGCAAGAAACAGCAUUGAUAAGCGAAAGAGAAAACAUCUUGUAGAUUAAGAAAUUCUGAAUUUAACAUGUUUAACAAGCAACGUUAUCUUGAGCCGACCGAACGAAUUUGUUAUUUUGUUCGAAGCGAAACUUAUUUCAGCGGAAUGCUGUAGUUUAUUGUGUUCCUCAAUCGCGCGGAAAACAAACACCUGUGUUUAAGCCAAUGAGAUCGGUUUUCGCGCCAAAGUAUCAGUUCUACUGAACUUUAAUUGUUGCCUUAGUUUAUAUUCCGUUCCUGAUCGCAUAAAUUAGGCAGGCUUGCAUAUGAUUUGCGAUUAUUAUUCUGCUGUCACGGCUUCUCGCUGGUUCUUCAUUUGUAAAUACAAACUGUUCAAUGAAGUUUACACUAAUCUAAUGGAUGACUGGUAUUUUGAUGAGAUUAAGGACGUUAAAAUGAACCCGUUUUAACAUCAACGAACCCGACUUUCUUAUGUGGACGUGUAUCGUUCGUUUAAACCUUCGUAGAUGAGAUAAAACACUUUGUUAUCUCUGUAUCACAAACGAAUAACAUGGCGACAUUGGACCUAAAAACGGAUCCAAGACCUUCUACUAAUGGCGAACCGGCAUUCACGCUUUGUACAUUUUGUAAUAACUCGACAAACGGAUUUGAGAAGCGAUUAUUUGCGACGACACAACCCAAGGGACCGUUUUUCCCGGUGCUAGCCGAGGUGCAAGGCAGGAGAACCACACUGGACGAUCUCGGUCGAGCGGUUGUGUGUGUGGCAUGUUUCCACCAUCUUUUACGACAGUGGAGCAGCUUUGAGCGAAGAGGUGUACCUUUACGAAAGCGAGAGUACAAUAUCAUUUCAGACGAUCGUGUUAACAACUAUCAAGUCCGGCGUGAAGAGGAGAUACGUAAAGAAACUGAACAUAAGAUAAAAGAAAUCCAGGAUCGCGAGGAAAGAAUUCGACUUGAAGCUGAGGAAAGGAUCGAAAAAUAUCGACAGCGUCAAGCGGAGAUUCGACGGGAGGCUGAGAAAAAGCUGCUCGAGGAACAGGCCAAAGCUGAGGAGUUAAAAAAGAAGACUUCGUCGAAGCUUAAGGAGGAGCAUCAGCGAGAGGAAGAGUUAAGACGACAGGCGGAGGAACGCAUUCGGGAGGAAAAGGAGAAACGAGAAUACAUUCGACAAGAAGCGGAAAGACUUCUGCGGGAAGAGAAGUUAUUGGAAGCCCAGAGGAGUAAUCAGGAUUCCGUAUCUUCAGUUCCUGAGAUUAUUACAAGGUAUAGGACAGAAGUCAUCAUCCCAUCUCCUGAGAGGGAAAACGCUCCUUUGAAGGAAAUUACAGAUCAAACGGAACCUGAAGACAUGGAGGGUGCUACUGAAAAAGAACGGCAAGCUAGGGGCCAGAGGCGCAAGAUGAUGGUGUAUGAUCCGGAGACGGGUUGCUAUAGGAAAGCUCAAGACGACGAUAAGGAAAAUACUUUGGUUGAGACUAAAACUGAGAAAGUGGAGUAUCGUUUUCAUCUUCGUUCAGACGAAAAACCUCGUAAAACCACAGAAGCUAAAGAUGCUUCGUCUAAACCUGACAAGGCUUCAGAAGAUGUCACGGUUUCGAUGGAAGCAGUAGAGUAUAGUACGGAACAGACUAUUGUGUUGAAUGGCAAAGAAAGGUCAAGAAGCCAAGGCCGUGAAGGCGACGCCAGAGGUGAAGAGGAGGACAUUAAGAGAGCUGGCGACAUUAUGAAAGCAAAGUUUGAAGAGGGUCGAAACCGAUUCGAGCAGGAACCCGUUGAAAGGAAACGGAGUGACUCGUCCAGGCAUAGAACGACAAGAUCAACAUCUGAUGAUUCCUUGGAAGAGAAGAUCAAAGAAAUGGAGAAGAGAAGAGAGCGGUUGCUUCUACGAGGACUGUCAUCAGAAGCAAUGGAAAUCCAAGGUCGGAGACCCUCUGAGGAAAAGAAGGAUCUUUCUCCAAAAGUCGAGAGUCCGAGAGAUGGGUCGAAGAGUCCAGUGGAUGAGACUACGAAGAGGCAAAGAAGUCGAAGCGAACGUAACAAACGGCGUUUAACAGCCGAGGAGUUGAGUUUAAAGAGGUCUCCUGGAAGCGAAGAGGAUUUAUCCACUCGCACGUCGGGCGCAGAUGCCGGGAAAGUUCCAAAGACAGAUCCACAAAUUGAAGAGAGGCAAACAGAAACGAGGAAGGAAAGUUUCACGUUCCAGUUGAAAAAAGGCGAUAAACCAGAGAUACCAGACGAAGAGGUUUUCAUGAUGACACAAGUGAAACCAGUUGAAGCUUCCGCAGACCUGAUGAACUGGGAUGAUUCAACAGAUGGGUCCGUCCCUGAGAAGGAACCGACUCCUAGUCCAAGGUUCAGGAAGAGGGCAGACAGCGCUGAAGGAGAGAUGUUCCCCAGACCUAUGAAGCUUGUUGAGAUCGAGGCCCCCAUUACAGUUACUCAGAAAGGAGAAGUGGAGAGUGAACCAGUUUUGACAGCAAACCUUCUUGACCUUGAUGAGCCUACAAGCAUGUCAUCCGCGCCAGCCAUCGAGCCCAUCUUAACAUGGGACAGCCGAACUCGUGCUAGCAACAACGCAGAGGAAGAUCGAAGACGCCGAGAGAUCGAACACGAAGAGAGAAAGCGAAGGAUCGAGGAAAACCAGCGACGAGCGGCCAAAGAACUCAAGGCUAAGAAACAAUCCGAAAGCGACGCAAAGCCACAGAGCGACGAACCUGUCCGAGAAAUGACAAUGAAGGAGAAGAGGCGUUCGUUAGUGGACAUGUGGGAAUCGUUCUCUGAGCCACAAACGAAUGUCAUGUCGUUUGAAGAGGACGAAGACAUGCCUGAGAGCAGUACAACCAUAAUACGAGAAAAAAGGACUGUUUUGUUCGAUCCUUUGGAAGAUAAAGACAACGAAGAAGCCAUGGAGGUCGGUGAUAUCGAGGUUAUCACCUCGACAACACCGUCUGUUGAAGCAGAGACGAAUACAAACCUAACCGAGGAAGAACAGCGAUGGGAAAGCGCUGGACAUUUCCAGCCAGGGCGACUUCAGAAAACUGUAUUUCACAACCUGUCUGAGACGCAACCCGAGCAACCUAAAGCUAAGCCUAGAACGAAAGUCGGAAGUCGCUACGACUGGAUGAAAGGAGAGACUUCGGACGAUCAAGCUGCUUUGGUACCCACGAAACUUAAAAUCGAUUGGCAGAACAGCGCGGCAGCCGAUGAAAAAUUAAGCAACGGUCAAGCUAAAGAACGUUCACCUGAGCCAAUCCAGAUGGAGAUCAAAACUGAGAGCCGUGAUGUUAAAAGUAGCAGCGAGAGCGAAACUGAAAGUGAAAAGGAGAAUGAUAGUGAAAGUGAAAGUAAAAGCGAAGAAGAGAGAGUGCCUCGAGUGGACACAGAUGAAGUUUACAAACUAACCGAAGAGGAGAAGCAGUGGGAACUUGCAGGGCAUUUCCAGCCCAAAAAGCUGAAUAUAGCCCUCAUGGCUGGCUUUCAACAAGCACCGGCUGAUGUAGAAGAGAAACCAGCGCCUAAGAGAACACAGACGACCUCUGUGUCAGCUAAAUUGAAAGUUAAGGAACCCGAGAAGGAAGAGCUUGAAAUUGAAGAUAUUAGUCCUGUGAGCGAAGUAAAGACCGAAACAGAGCCUGACACCUCAGUGCUUUACACCUACACGUACGAAGAGGAAAGUGAAGAUGACGAAAUUCCUGGAUGGAGGAAAGUGGAGGAGCAAAGAAGACAACAAGAAAGGGAAGAGAUUGAAAGAGCAAAAUUAGAAGAAAAAAGACGAUUGGAACGUGAGGCCUUGGAGGAAGAUCAACAAGAGGAAGGCGAUUCAAGCGAUGAUGAAUUUGAAGCGAAAGUGCGCACAAAGGAGAUAAGAAGGAUAAAUCCCAAUCUCUUGGGUCAGUUUUUGAGAGAGCCAGCGAAAGAACCAGAAAAGCCUCACAAGUCGAUGAAACCUAAGGAGCAGAAAGUUGACAGAGCCAGUGUCCAGGUGUCCGAAUCAGCACCUGUUGUCGACAGCCAUUUCGAUGAAAUAGAAAAAGAACGAGAAGUGGAGGAUGAAUACGAAGAGAAAGUUAAGAGUAAGCAAAUUAGAAAGUUGAAGCUUGAUACCUUGCCUUUCCUGCAAACACAGGAACAAGAUACUGUCCCUGUACCACACAGGGACGUUCCUCGUGCGUCUAGAAUUGCUGUCCAAGAAGAACUUUAUAUUCAGAAUGUGCAGCCUACCAACGUGGAAUCAGCGCCGAGAAACGAGUGGGAAGAGGAACAAGAUGAGCCCGAAAUCAAUGCUUAUGGAGCAACCACCCUGGAGAGGUAUGACGAUGAAAGUGAAGACGAUGAUGAUGUCCCUGAGUGGCGCAAAAUGGAAGAAAGACGAAAACAACAGGAGCAGGAAGAAAUUGCACGUGCAAGAUUGGAAGAGCAAAGACGGCUGGAACGAGAAGCUCAGGAAGCCGAAGAAGAGGACGACACGGAUUCCGUCGAUGAUGAAUUCGAAGCAAAGGUUCGAACGAAAGAGAUUCGAAGAAUUAAUCCCAAUCUACUGGUUCAAUUCAUGAGUGAAAACAGAGAAGAGGUUCCCAUCACAAGAAGGCCCAAGAAAGAAACUUUAGAAACUCAACGAGUGUUGGUAACAGAGACGGCACCCAGGAAUGAAAACGAUCUUGAAGAUUCCAAGGGAAAAGAUGUUGAUGAUGAUGACGAUGAUGAAUUUGAGCUGAAAGUGAAAAAAGGUCAGGUCAAUAAGCUGGUUCUUGACAACAGUCCUUUCUUGCAACAGCAAAAGAGAGAAGAAGUCCCAGUGGCCAGAACACGGUCAGAUGCAGAAAAGAACAGGAAGGAAUCCAAAAAGGAAUCAAGGACAUCUGUGGUUCAAGAAGAUGAACUUGUUCAGGUUGUCCAUGAUGAGGUCGUUGAAUCCCAACCUGACAUGAUUUUCCAAGGAGGAGAGGAAGAUGAAGGAUACGAAGUGAAAAUUAAAUCGAAGGAUGUCAGGAGAUUGAGCCAAAAUCAGUUCUUCUUCCUUCGAAAGCAAGAGGAAGAAGAGCGAAAGAGACUUCAAGAAGAGGAACGCAGGCGUAUCGAGCGUGAGGAGCGGGAAUUACUCAAAAAAGAGGAAGAGCGUCGAAGACGACUGGAAGCCGAGGCCCGGGCCAGGGAAGAAGAAAGGAUCCGUCGAGAAGAGGAGACGAGAAAGAGGGAAGAAGAGGAGAGAGCUCGUAAGGAAGAAGAAAAGAGGCGUCGGCUUGAGGAAGCUGAACGACUCAGACAAGAAGAGGAAGAGCGGUUACGAAAGGAGGAGGAAGAAGAGCUGAUGCGUUUGGAAGAAAUGCGUAGGCAGAAACAAGCAGCAAAAUUGAAAUUCGAAUCUGGUUCCUUCGAUGGUGUUCCUGUCAGCCGCACUGAGAAUGAUAUCUACAGCGUGGGGCGUCUUGAUACAAACAAGCUGUUGCAGUUCCAGCGGGGUCCGAGGGAAGAACCAGAGCUGAAGUCAAGGCUGCGGGUGGAGCAGAAGAAGACAGAAGAAUACAAGUUACCGGAACCGGAAGUCGAAACUGUCCAGAUGGCGUCUGUUGAUUUGAUUGAAAGCAGUCCUUACGAGGAGGAUUUAGAAAGGCGUCCAACAGAGGACGAGAUGUACGAAGAAAAGCGAAAGAGUGUGGGUAAGCUUGACAGGGAGUGGUAUAUAAAGCAACAACAAAGACAAGCGGAAGAAAACGAGCGACGAGCUAAAGAAUUAGAAGAACGGAGACUAAGAGAAGAGCGGAAUGAAAUGUUGAGAAUUAAGGGCGAGGGUCCACAGCGACGGGAAGAUGAUGAUUCCAGAGGAUUGCUUGUCACGGAAGAAGGCUUAAAUAUGGACACAGAUGAAGCAGAAAGCGACAAACCCAAGAAUGUUGGAAAGCUAAACUACCAACAGUUCUCCAUGUUCCAGAAGGAAGGAUCAGUCGUUCCAAAAGCGCAACCACGCAAGAGGGCCCCAGAGGUGGUGCAAGAAGUUGUAAGUGUUCAAAGUCAGCAGGAUGUGGAGAGUGCGCCUGUUAAUAUGGACGAGUCUGAUGCUUACCGCGGAGGGCCCCAUAUGACGCAGGAAGACUCUGACUACGAGAAACGGAUCAACACAGGCAAGCGACUUGAUGUAGAUAGGUUCCUGAAUGCCAGGUCGCAAGAGGCUGUCGAGAGAACGGAACGUGCGAAACGAAUGGCAGAGGAGAGGAAGCGGCAGGAGGAAGAAGAGCUGGCCAAGUUGAGAUUCGAGGAACGCAGGAGGAUGGAAGCGGAGGAGGGCUCGGACUAUGUUGAAGAAAGUGGUGGUAGUCAGGUAAGAGAUUUCAGGAGCAAAUCAGCGUCUUCAACAGAGUCAGAUUCUGAAAGGCACAGAAGAAUACCCAUCGAAAGAGAACCAUCAAGACUCAAAGAUUCUGAUGCAGACACAGACAGAAUGGACAAAGGUGUUAGUGUUGGUCGUUUGCCACAAGAACUUCGUUCGCAAUUUGAGGGGGAAAAAAAGAGAGCCGAUUCAGGUUCUCGUCGAAAGUCAAACAAAACCAAAGGCUCAAGAUCAUCUUCAAAGAACUCGAUGGAAAGUGCUCACAGUACCUCUACUGAUAGUGUGUCAGAUGUCCCACAUGAUAAGGAGAUGAACGGUGGUGUUAGCCCCAAGGACCAGUCACUGGAGAAGAAAUAUUCUAUAGACAGGACGGAGGAAUAUAAAGAAACGCAAGAAGAAGAUAAACCAAUUGAAACUUACACGCCCGAGGAAAAACCCGUUCCAAAGAAACUUCACACCAGCAUGUUAGCUGCUUUCCAAAAGGUUCACGAUGAGCCAGUGCAGCUUCGUCGAGCAAAAAGUGAGAAGCGCGUCCGACCAAAGAGUAUUGGGAACGUGGAUCUACUGAGGUGGCAAGAUGACUCGAGUCUUCACCAGCCCUCUUCGGACGCGUCGCAGAAGGGGAAGACUGGGCGCCAACCAAGACCCAAGAGUAUUGCAUUUUAAGCAACGUAUGUUUGCUUAUAGCUGCGAAACUAUUACGUUAUAACAAUUAUAGGUUGAAUUGUUUACAAUAGCUAGAAUAUCACGAUAGAAGUGGCUUUGUCUUUCAAUUGAAAAUUGUGGUCGGACGUAAAGGCAAUGAAUCGAAAUUUGGUUGAUUUGUUGUCAUGUCGACGAGUCUUAGAAAAAGAGAGUAAUAUAAGGGACAAGCAGCAUCUGAAGUUUAGAGAUCCAUUUUCUUUAACCUCCUUCGUUUUAUCACACACUUUUCAUGUCAUCCCGUUCAAGGUGGUUUUCUUAAGAGUAAUCACAGUGUAAUUGCGAACUCAAUUUUUUUUGGGGGGGGGACGGGGGGGAGAGGGGGGGAGGGCAAUCAUUUAUAUCUUGGCUGGGGAGUUGUUUCACAUUGGCAGGCAUGGCAUGCGUAGUACAAAGAGUUUCCAACCCACCCCACCUCCCUGAUAUGGUGCGGUUAUGACGUCACCCGCACCAUGAUGAUCAAUAUUGACAAAACAGAUUUCUCGUGAACUUCUUUUGUGAAUGCCACCUACAUGGCUGCCAUGUUUUUUUUCCCAUUUCAAGUUCUAUUUAGGAUUGAGUCCAUCUCAUUAGUGAAACGGCAAGAGUGAUUUAAGUUUGGGGCGAUACAUUUGAGUCCAAUUUGGUGCCAAGGUGAAAAGGCAUCUUUGUCAGGAAUAGAACUUGUGCCACUUUACCAUAGCCUAAGGCUGACAACACAUCUAAGGAAUAACAAUGUGUAAAAUGUAGACGAUUACGGUUUUAAUACACUUAAAUACAAUUUAAUGUGGUAUGCACCGAAUGUUACCCUUAAAUCAACAUUAUACACCAUUACAAAGUGCCAUAUACAAAGCAUUGGAUACUAAAAUCAAGUUGUAGUUAGUGCAAAGAAUUUGCUGUACGCUUUGGGUCGUAUCAAAAGUUCCAUUUUUGUAGAAUUUAUAAAGAAAAGUUUAUUAUACGAUUAUGAUGUAGUUUUGAAAGAAUUGUUAAACAUUGGGUUCGUUUGGAAGUUUUGUAAUUUAAAUCCUUAAGAGUCAAAAGGCAGAUAAUUUUGUCGGGUGAAUUUGAAACUUCAAAGCCACCAUGAACUUGGAACAUCGGCUCAAAGAUGAAGAAAUAUUCACAAAAACGUAAAUAAUGUUUGAAAAAAAAUUAUGCACUCGUAGUAAAUAAUAAAGAAGUAUGUUCAUAUUGGCACCAAAGUCGUAUCAAGUCUUUUGCAAUCCCCGGCUGACUCGAACAUAAGCUGUAUCUACCAGAAAUGUUGGUAAGUGUUUUUAAAAACGUCAGUGCAGCUACAAAUCACAAUUCUAAGGAACGUGAACGCCCUUCUUCGACACAAGGGCCAUAAAUCGAACUGUGCUAGACCGUGUUUCGUAAUAAUAGCGAGGAAUUUUGAAUUCGCUUCUAAUUAUUAUUUUAGAAACCUGUACUAAUCCGAACGCCUCAACUGAAUGUGGACAUAACAUGGUUAUUUGGUAAGGUCGAGGCAGUGGUUGAUGGUUCCAUUUUCUUGUAUGAAUUGUUAUUGGUAGAUGACCUUUUGGGAGUGAAAUCUAGUUUAUGCCACCAUAUUGGUUGAGGUGUCAAGAACGCUAAAUUGUUUAGAUGCGCGGCAGUGAAGCUUUGAUAACAAUAAAUUCAUGCAUAGGGGAGGCCUAAGAAUAGAGCAAAGUGGAUUCCCCCUUUCUUUUAUUAUAGGUAUCUCGCCACGUUAGAGAGAUUAUCCUAAAGAAAACUAGGGCAAUUAACGAAAACUUAAAAUGAUUCGUGUUCAUAAUAGUCUUGCUAUUACUUUUCAUUACACUGGUUCCGUUUUACAAAUACCAAUGGUGGGCUUGACUUUACAUUUUCGUAAAAUGGUUGGUUGGAUUGAAUACAUAAACAAAAUGAAAUAGCUUUUUAUUUGUAAUUGCCUUGAACGUGAAUUUUUGAAAGCCAAACUAGCUUGUACCAAACAAACUCACGUGAAAGAAACGGUGUCCGUGUUAACACAUCCAAAUUGUUAUGAACAUUAUCCGGGCUACAGAAAUUUCAUUAACGCAAUGUUUUGUAGGACUUAAACUAGUUACCUGUAAAUUAAUUCAAAAAGUUUGGAAUAAACCAUUGAAUUCGUUAA